AUGGUACUCUGCUUUCUUCCACCAGGCGGACUACACUUUGAUCUGACAGAAGGAGACAUUAUCUGCGUAUUCUCACAGUAUGGUGAGAUUGUUAACAUCAAUUUAGUCCGAGACAAGAAGAGUGGGAAAUCAAAAGGAUUCUGCUUUAUCUGUUAUGAAGAUCAGCGGAGUACAAUACUUGCUGUGGAUAACUUCAAUGGAAUCAAGAUAAAGGGUAGAACUCUCCGUGUGGAUCACGUUGCUAGUUACCGUAUCCCAAAAGAUUCAGAUGAGCUAGAUGAAGUAACAAAACAUCUGCGAGAAGAAGGUUGUGCUCCCAAAUCAGAGUCGCCAUCAUCUUCUGAAUCUUCUGUGGAAGAUGAAAGAAAAGUGUCAUCUAAAAAACAUAAAAAAGGUAAUUCAUUUAUUUAUUUUACUUGCAGCUAUUUAACCUUUUAA